AUGCUCUCACGUGUUGCUGCAGUGAAGGCACCCAACAAACACAACCGUCGCCGCGUGACCGGAUCCAGCGGAAGGAGGAGGGAAGGAAGAGAGAGUGAGCCGCAGAGGCUAAAAAUGUCCCGGCGUGUGUUUACUUCCGCGGUGCUGCUCCUUCUCGUCAUGAUGAUUUUCUGCGACCGUGGAGCUGCGGCCGUUGAGCAGGCAGGGGCCGCUGUUGACCCGUUUAAGGGGACGAAGUCGGUAUCAUUUGCUAAUUGGAAGGAGUUUAACGAGGACGGAAGGAAAAUCACCUCGCUCCGCGUUCCUGGCCUCGUUAAAGUGGGUGAUGAUGUAUUUGCCGUUGCUGAAGCGCAGUGCGGGGAAAGGAAUGGAGUCGGCAGCUGUGCUGGGAUUGUGUCAAAGCACCUGGAUAUAAAGGAUGACCCAAUGGAUAUUUUGACGUCGGAUAUAAGUUUGUUUUGCAUGCAACUUGGGGACACCGCCGCGAAUAAUUUUAGGACAACGGAAUUGUUGCGACCAACGACAGUUGUAAUUGAGGACAGUGUCUAUAUGCUCCUGGGAAACCAAAGCCGUACAAAGCCGCCGGUUGAAGAUACGAAUGAGCGGGGUCUUUUACUCGUGAAGGGAACUGUCACGGUGGAUGGUGAAAAGAAGAAAAUCAGAUGGAAUAAGACCCAUGUGGUGAACCCUCAACGAAAAGGAGCAUCUGUUUCCUUGACCGAGUUAAUUGGCGGUGGAGGAUCGGGUGCUGUGAUGCGUGACGGCUCGCUUGUAUUUCCCAUGCAGGCCAAAGGCAAGGAUGGAACGAGCGUUUUGCUGUCCAUGAGUUUUGACCCGUCAGAGAACAAAUGGGAGCUUCCAUUCGAGACGCCUGGUAAGGGCUGCAGGGAUCCAACCCUGGUGAAGUGGGAAGAAGACGAGGACGACGAAAGACUCUUCAUGAUGGCUCAUUGUGAUGGAGGCUACUAUGACGUUUACAUGUCCACUGAGAAUGGAGGCAAUUGGUAUCCAGAUCGUCAACCAAUUACCCGCGUGUGGGGCAACUCACACAAUCGAUCAGGGCACGGUGUCCAGAGCGGAUCCACCACUGCAAUCAUUGAGGAAAAGAAGGUGAUGCUCAUCACCGCGCCAGUGUAUGAGAACGACAAUGGAAAAGGUCGGCUUCAUCUUUGGGUGACGGACACGGCACGUGUGUAUGAUGUUGGGCCGGUGUCUCGUGAAAAUGAUGACGCUGCCGCGAGCUCGCUGUUGAUAAAAGAUAACAAUAAAGAGUUGAUUUCACUGUACGAGAACAAGAAAGACGAAAAAUACAAUCUUGUUGCUGUGCGUCUGACCGAGAAACUGGAGCGGAUACAGGAAGUGGUGAAGACAUGGAAGGAUUUGGACAGCGCCUUGAAAACAUGCAGUCCCGGUUCAAGUGGCACCGUUGACGCGCGCAAAAAGCGUAUGUGUAAAGGUCGUGUUCCCACUGAUGGGGUUGUUGGCUUCUUGUCUGGUAACUUCUCUGAGAACACAUGGAGGGACGAGUACCUUGGCGUGAACGCCAUUGUACAUGGACCGGCGGAAAAAAGGAUAGGGGUUCCCAAUGGAUUGACGUUCAAAGGACCCGGAGCGUGGGCGGAGUGGCCUGUUGGCGACAUGGGGCAGACUGUGCCGUACUACUUUGCUAACACCGAGUUCACUCUUGUGGCGACGGUGUCCAUCCACGAGGUGCCGCAGAGUGGCAGCAGCAUUCCUUUGGUGGGCGUGAGGAUGAAUGACACCGACAGCACGGUGCUUUUUGGUCUGUCGUACACCCAUGACAAGAAGUGGUUGGCCAUACCGGAGGGUGCUGGUGAUGCGGAGGAUUUUGUUGAGUGGAAACCAAACAGGACGUAUCAGGUGGUACUGAAAAUGAAUUAUGUUGAAUGGACUGUCGUUGUGGAUAAGGAUGAAAUCCAGAAGACGAAAUAUGAUGAAAAACUGUUCAACUCACGCAGGAUCUCACACUUCUACAUCGGUGGGGACAGUAAGGACCAAAGUGCAACGGGCGGCCAUGUGACGGUGACCAACGUCAUGCUGUACAACGAACUGUUGGGAAUUGAACUUUAUGAACUCCAUGCCAGCAAAGUCACUAUUCCAUCACUUGGCGCUGAGAAACAUCCCACAGGACAGGUGGCCAGCACAGACGCUUCGGUUGCUUCCGAGUCAAAUAGCAAAGAAAGCACCAGCUAUGAGGAAUUGAAUGAGUAUGAUCCUGACGAAGAAGAGGAAGAAAUAGUUGAUGAUCCGGUGCUUGCAGCGUCCCCUUCCGAGGCUGCCGCGGGAUCAUCUGUUUCUGAACCCGCCAUUGCAACGGAGAGUGCAGGGGCUUCUCGUCCAGAGGACAAUGCCCAGCUUUCCGAAGGCGAAACGUUUCAGCAAGCCACGCUGAAUGAAGACAAUGGAUCGAUGCAACGGGGUUCAGACCUGCAUCCACAAGACCCACAGCCAGCGGAAUUAACGGAGGUUACCGAUGUUGAAAUGUCCUCUGGAAGUUAUGCUGAAGAGCAGCCAGAGGAGGAGGGAGAAGCAAAUGACAGGAGUGGCGAAUCAACGUCUCCAGUCGGUGCGUCGUUGAGUAUGGCCACUGCCGCUGCAUCAGUGUACGGUGAGCACCAAGUGCAACAAAGCGUUGAGCUUUCCGCUGAAAACAACGACGUGCGGUCCACUGGAACCAGAACCACCGGCACGGAGGAAAGCCUCAGCCUCGAGGUGGGGGACGGAAAUUUCGAGAGAACAAUGGGCUCAGACAGCAGCCUCACUCCUUCAAAGAGUGACGCCGAAACAACAUCCGCGGAGAACACUGACGACGUCUCUCGGAUUGAAGGAGACGAAUUCUUUUUUGAAGACAGCAAGCAAGUGCCACAGACGGUCGACACCGCACCGGGCAACACAAACACCACGCCUGGGGAAACCGCGAUCCCGUCGGAGUCCAACGCUACAACACCCUCGGACACUGAAAUUUUGCUUGAGCACGCUCAUUACGGCGACUUGGCGGCCAUGGCUCUAAUUGCUGAGAGCACCGUGCAUGUGUGUGUGUCUCGGGUGUUGUUGCUGCUUCUGGGGCUGUGGGGUAUUGUGGCUCUCUGUUGA